AUGAGCAGCUUCAGCAGCAAGGAGCACACCGUGCCCUUCACCCUCGAGUACUGAGUCUUCCUCAAAAAUGAAAAAGGACAAUAUAUAUCGCCAUUUCAUGAUAUUCCAAUUUAUGCAGAUAAGGAUGUGUUCCACAUGGUGGUUGAAGUACCACGCUGGUCGAAUGCAAAAAUGGAGAUUGCUACAAAGGAUCCUUUAAACCCAAUUAAACAAGAUAUGAAAAAAGGAAAACUCCAUUAUGUUGCAAAUUUGUUCCCUUAUAAACGAUAUACCUGGAACUAUGGUGCCAUCCUUCAGACUUGGGAAGACAAAGGACACAAUGAUGAACACACUGGCUGCUGUGGUGACAAUGACCCAAUUGAUGUGUGUGAAAUUGGAAGCAAGGUAUGUGCAAGAGGAGAAAUAAUCAGGGUGAAAGUUCUGGGCAUACUGGCUAUGAUCGAUGAAAGGGAAACCAACUGGAAAGUCAUUGCCAUUAAUGUGGAUAAUCCUGAUGCAGCCAAUUAUAAUGAUAUUAAUGAUGUCAAGCAGCUGAAACCUGGCUACCUGGAAGCUACUGUGGACUGGUGUAGAAGGUACAAAGUUCCUGACGGAAAACCUGAGAACCAGUUUGCUUUCAACGCAGAAUUUAAAGAUAAGGACUUGGCAAUUGAUAUUAUUAAAAGCACUCAUGACUAUUGGAGAGCAUUAGUGACUAAGAAAACUGAUGCAAAAGGAAUCCGUUGCAUGAAUACCACAGCGUUUGAGAGCCCCUUCCAGUGUGAUCCUGAUGCUGCCAAAGCCAUCGUGGAUGCUUUACCACCACCAUGUGAAUCUGCCUGCACAAUACCAACAGAUGGGGAUAAAUGGUUCCAUCACCAGAAAAACUAAGGAAAUUUCUCUGGAAUACAAAUUGAUAUUGCUGCAUCCUAUUCGUCUGAAAGCAUUAGAUACAAAAGUAGUAACUUUUCCAAGCUUUAAAUUUAUUGAACUAAUCAAUCAAAUUCUGCUAUGACCAAUCCAAUAUAUCCAUACUGUUAUCCAUCUAAAAGCAUCUUUCAUAUCAACUAAGAUAACUUUUAGUUCCUGCUUAAAUAUCAAGACAGUUGUAGUUUGGAAGUCAUCUGUGAAUAAAUGUCCAAGAUAAGUAUGUAUUGGAUGUAUAUGUUUGCCAUGUGUUAGGAAAUAAAAUUAUUUUAUUGAAACUUGGUUUAUGAUAUUUUUAUUUUAAUCUGAAGCCUAACAGUACCAAGCAGGCUUGGGUGCUGUUUGGUAUUUGUUUUCUGUGAAUGAUCUUAUAAUUCACUUUUAUUUAUUAGACUAAAACUGACUUUAUUUGUAGGCACCUGAAAAUGAAAUCCCUUAUAUUUACAGCAGUCUUUAUACUAUACUCUUACCUAAUUCCUAUCAUCCCAUUGUGAGCCAUCAGCCAAGAUAGUUUUGUGAUUAAAUUCGUGGCUUUGGAGCUGUGCAGACCUGAGUUUUUAAUCCUAGCCCGUCUACUUAUUUAGCUCUAUAAUCUCAGGUCAGUGUUGGCAUCCACUGACUGUGUUUUCUCAAUCAAGUUGUGAUUUUUCUUGGUUGUUGGUAUGAUGGGUGAUUGUUAAUAAUAUCCUAGACAUUUUGUCUGUUAUGUUAGGAGACACUAGAAUCCAUCUAAAUCUUUUAGCAGGCAUCACCCUAUUUAGGGUUAGCACACGGGUCUUGGCCUGCUUUUGUGGACUCUGGUUUCAAUGGCAGUUUAAUUUUCAGCAGCUUUGCAGUGUUAUUUUGGUCAGCUUGGUUUAUCUGGUGACACUGGGGCUUCUGUUGGCUCCUGCUGGUGCUGCCUGAGGGGGCUGAGUAUCUCUUGGUGGAGGAGGAGAGUCUUAGGCUACAGGGAUAAAGAAGCUUCCUGAACUGGUCUACCCAUUAUAGCUGGAUUUCUCCCUCAGGCUCAGCUCACCCGCCUACCUAGGUAACUCUUGGUGGAAAAGGGGAGUCUCAGGCCUUGUGGGGAAGGAGAGUGCCUCCCUGGUUGUUUAUUUCUGCCUGGGCUCCCAAUGAGCCCCCUUGCCAGGUAGUAUCAUGCCCACCAGAGGGACCCCCAUUCCCUAUGGGGGAGGUGGAGGAAUGAGCCUAUCUGGACUGCCUUCUGUUGCUAGAUUAGGGGUUGGGAAGGACUCUUCUCCUCCUCCUGGUGGUGGUAGGAUGCAUGUGCCCUGUCACUACUGUUCUCUGGUCCUGGGGGCCCAAACCAGCUCGCCUUCUUAGCACCUUUCAGAGUUCUUGGUUGUGUCUUGUCAUCUCCAGGGUUUAUAGCUGUGCUUAGCAGGAUAAGUAGAGAAAAACAAGUCUAUGCCUUCUUGUCUGGUCCAGGACCAGAAACAUCAACAUUCAGAUUUUAGUAAUAUUUCUUAUUCCUUUUAUAAGUUCUGUUUUUAAAUGCUGCCUCAGUCAU